AUGGGUCCGAAGAAGAAGGCUGACGCCCGUGGGGGACCCAAACCAGGAACGAAACAAGCACAAGCCGCCGCCGAACGUACGACGGAAAACGCAAAGAAGACGCAGGGCGCCACAGAUGAACAGAAGAAACCUACAGUCAAGGAGGUGAUAGGCGGUGCAUCAUGGACGGGGAAGCUGCCUGUCAAUAUGCUGUCAGAGCACUGUCAGAAGCAGAAGUGGGAGAAGCCCGAGUAUACAAUGACUAAAAUAGCAGAGGGAUACGUAUCAGCUGUUAUCCUGAAGAAAAUUGACCCGAAAACGAGAGAAAUGACUGCUCUUCCUCCGAUGAAGCUGCCGCCCUCUCACAAGCAACUUGCCGCACAGCAAACCGCUCUAGAAGCUCGGCAUUUCGCUGCAGCAUUUGCAUUAUACCGAGUUUGCAACAUGCGCAAUAUCCAUAUGAUGAUGCCUCCUACAUACAAGAAGCUCUGGAAGGAGGAUUUUACAGAUAUCAAAACUGCGGACACAAGGGAAGGAAAAGGGUGGAUGUACGAGGCGGACCCGUUUCUAGCAAAGCAAGAGCGUGAGAGUGCUGCUGCAGACUUUGAGAAGAAGAGAAAGGAGCGCGAGAAGGCGCAGGCGCAGUCAAAGGAGCAAAGUAUUAGCCUGGGCUUAGGUCCAAGCAGCGGCGGCACUGGGGGGAGAAUUUGGUCGCAGGCGCCAAAAGUCGAUAUGGGUACCAAAAUCCGACGUGAGAUCGAGGAACUCUUGCGUCACCAUACAAUUUGGAACCCUUAUGGUGUGAUUAUCUCUGCACAGGAGCAAAGGGGUAUUGUCGAGGAGUUCACCCGGCUAGGCUUCAGACGCAGCCAUGUUGAAGAGGCAGUUGUAGAGUGCAAGGACCGUGAAGAGGUCCUCGAAUGGCUCCUUGUCUAUAUCCCAGAGGAUGAUCUACCACGCUGGAGCUUACCAGAGAAUUAUUCUGCUGGCGUUAGCUUAGCCAGUGGCGACCUGGCAAGGGAGGCCAAGAUCAAACGACUUGCUUCCAUCGGUUAUCCUAUUGAUUUGUGUUCCCAAUUACUGGAUACUAAGGGAGGCGACGAGUUGGCAGCGGCUGAGUUCCUACAAACUACCUUGGUUCAUCACUCCGAAAUUCCGGUUGUAUCGGAGCAUGAGGUGACGGAUGAAGACGCCUGGACAGAGGAACAGAUGACUCUGGAAGCUAUCUUUGGUGACCGUUAUACCCUGCUAUCACCGAAUUCUUGUGAGAUUCAAGGCGACGCCACAUUCAACCAAGAGGCCAUCUCCUUUCGAUUCUCAAAACCAUCCCAGAACUAUCCUCUGUCGCCUCCGAUCCUAUCAAUCCAAGCGCAGAACAUUCCUGCAUACAUCAGACUGAGUGCUAUUCGCCAAGUUAUACAAUAUGCGGAGAUAAGUUUCGUCGGCGAACCGAUGAUAUACAACAUUUUAGAUUGGCUUGAAGUCAACCUACCAAACAUCAUAGACAAUCCUGGGAAAUUGCGAGACAUUUCGAUAAUUUCAACCACGUCACCAGGGGAAGGAGCUGUCACUACUUUACCUACCCGCUCGCACCGUAAACAUGCAAAGAAGAUUGACCUGAAAGCGGGUACAAGCCAAGGUCGGGCCUUCCGGGAGGCCUGGGAAGCCAAGCGCGAGAGCGAAGCACAGCAGGAAAUGAUUCGCAAACGACAGUCAUUGCCAGCUUGGAAAACACAAGAUGCUAUCAUACAGGCAGUCAACAAUCACCAGGUGACGAUCGUAUCAGGUGAAACGGGUAGCGGAAAGAGUACCCAAUCUGUACAGUUUAUCCUGGAUGAUAUGAUCAAACGCGAUUUUGGGGCCGUUGCGAAUAUUAUCUGCACACAGCCUCGAAGGAUCUCUGCCCUGGGACUGGCAGAUCGUGUGAGUGACGAGCGAUGCUCGACUGUAGGUGACGAGGUGGGCUAUAUCAUUCGCGGAGACUCCAAGGUCAAGACUGGUGUGACAAAGAUUACUUUCGUGACCACCGGAGUCUUGCUUCGCCGUAUGCAAUCGGGUAGCGACCCGGAUGGUAAUAUCGCCAGCUCACUCUCAGACAUUACACACGUUGUAGUUGAUGAGGUGCACGAGCGCAGUUUGGAUACUGAUUUCCUCCUUGCUCUGUUGCGGCAGGUUCUUCGGCAUCGCAAGGAUCUGAAAGUCAUCUUGAUGAGUGCGACUCUGGAUGCAGAGGUAUUCAUGGAUUAUUUCGGAGGCCCUAAAUUUGUUGGAUUGGUGACCAUUCCUGGUCGCACUUUUCCUGUGGAUGAUUAUUACCUGGAUGAUGUGAUUCGGGAGACAGGCUUCGUUCCAGAACAAGCAGAAAGGGACUGGGACGAGGAGGCCGACUCCUACGAUGCGCCAUCUGAAGGCUCCUGGGGCAAGGUUCUUCGAAGUCUCGGCAUGGGGAUCAAUUACGAAUUGAUAGCAGCCACUGUUCGCUACAUUGAUGCUCAGCUCGGACACCAGCCUGGAGGUAUCCUCAUUUUCCUGCCAGGUACUCUUGAAAUUGAGCGAUGCUUGGCUGCUGUCAAGAGGAUUCCCAAUACCCAUCCACUGCCAUUGCAUGCCUCCCUCCUCCCGAGUGAGCAACGACGUGUGUUUCUGGCACCGCCAAAGGGAAAACGAAAGGUCAUCGCUGCAACUAACGUCGCCGAGACGUCGAUCACGAUCGAAGAUAUCGUGGCCGUCAUCGACACCGGGCGAGUCAAAGAGACUAGCUAUGAUUCCAAGGACAACAUGGUUCGGCUCCAGGAAGUGUGGGCAUCGCAGGCGGCUUGCAAGCAACGGCGUGGACGUGCUGGUCGAGUCCGAGCUGGAUCCUGCUACAAGCUUUACACUCGCAAAGCGGAGAUGAACAUGGCAGAGCGGCCAGAUCCCGAGAUUCGCAGAGUCCCACUGGAACAGCUGUGUCUAUCCGUCAAAGCGAUGAAAGGGGUUGACGAUGUUGCCACGUUCCUUGCGAACACAAUAACCCCUCCAGAGAGCAUUGCCAUUGAGGGAGCCCUGGGUUUCCUGCACCGCGUGGGGGCUCUCGACCACGACCGUCUGACCGCGCUAGGUCGAUAUCUCACUCUGAUCCCAGCCGAUCUGAGAUGCGCUAAGCUCAUGGUCUACGGCUCCAUAUUCGGAUGCAUGGAUGCCUGUAUCACGAUCGCCUCCAUCCUCACGGUGAAGAGUCCAUUCGUCUCGCCACGCGAUAAGCGCGACGAAGCCAACGCAGCGAAACUAAGCUUCUCUCGAGGCGACGGCGACCUCUUGACUGACCUCCAUGCCUACCAGCAAUGGUCCGAGAGAGUCCAAGCCGGGGGAUACUGGCAGACGCAGUCGUGGUGCGCCAGCAACUUCCUGUCCCACCAGACUCUACGAGACAUCUCUUCGAACAGGGCACAGUUCAUGACCUCUCUCAAGGACGCAGGCAUCCUCCCCGUUGAGUACUCCGAUAGUCCAUCAUCACUUUCUUCUUCUCCCUCUUCACCGUGGAAUCGCCAAUCCAGCAACCGGAACCUCCUCCGCGCUCUCGUUGCAGGCGCCUUCCAACCGCAGAUCGCCCAGAUCAGCUUCCCCGACAAGAAAUUCGCCAGCUCCGUCUCCGGCACCGUGGAGAUCGACCCGGACGCCCGCACCAUCAAAUACUUCAACCAGGAGAACGGCCGUGUCUUCAUCCACCCGAGCUCCAUCCUCUUCUCGGCACAGAGCUACCCCGGUUCCGCCGCGUAUCUGAGCUACUUCACCAAAAUGGCGACCUCCAAGGUUUUCAUUCGCGAUUUGACCCCAUUCAAUCCGUAUUCGCUCCUCCUCUUUUGCGGCCCUAUCACCCUCGACACCGUCGGCCGUGGAUUACUAGUAGACGGCUGGCUUCGCUUGCGUGGCUGGGCGCGGAUCGGGGUGCUUAUCUCUCGAUUGCGGAUGAUGCUUGACGAGGCGCUCAUGAGGCGGAUUGAUAAUCCGUCUGCAGGACGGGAGGGAGGGGGCGACGAGGUGAUUGAGGUGGUGAGGCGGUUGAUUGAAUUUAAUGGAUUGGAUCAGUAG